AAAUAUCCGUCGAUGUGAUUGGUCACGCGCGUAAUGCUGCAUCCGGCGCCCAACCCAAAGCAGGCCCAUUACGGAGGCACCCACAUGUCACGGUGUGCGCGGCAAUGAUGAUGAUCAUUCUCGUUCUUGUAUCUCACUUUGCGAAGCCAUGGCGUCGUCGUCGUCCGACGACCUUUGCUACCCGCUCUCAAGCACGUUCUUUGGCUGCAUGCCACUUACGCCGCAGCGCCUCCAUGGCUUUCGCGACGACGGCGAUGCGAUGAUCGACGCCUUUGCCAGCAUGGUGCUCACGCCCGACGACCGCUCCAUGCUGUGGCGCGACAUGGGCACGCACGACGGCGCCCAGCUCUUUGAAGGCGACAUCCUCGGCCUCAACCUCCAUAAAGCAGGCGUCACGCCGUUCCGUGGCGUCGCCAAGAUCUGCGGCACGACAAUCGACGAGGUCGCGCAGCUCUACCGCUUUGAGACACGCGACGACUGCGUCGAGUUUGUCGAGCUCCACCAGCGCGAUGUGCUCCUCGACCUCAUGACCUUGUACACGCUCCACGAGCGCACGCCCGAGUCGCCGUUCAAGCAGACGUACAUUCAGUGGGCCGCAGCGUCGAGUCCGCUGCCCGCGCUCAUCCGCGCCCGUGACUUUGUCUUCCUCGAGGCCCAAGAUGAGAUUUUGCUUCCGUCCGGCAAGCGCGCGUGGGUCUCGUGCCAGCAGUCGAUCGCGCUCGACAGCGUGCCGUGCCUCGCCGACACGACGCUCCAGCUCGCGCGCGGCCAUUUGCACCAAUCGGGCCUCCUCGUCAUGGAGACCGACCGCGUCGGCGAGCUCGACGUCAUCUACCAUUUCGCCGCUGACCUCAAGGGCCGCAUGGCCUCGUGGGCGCGCAAGAUGCUCUUCAAGCGGCGCAUGCUCGCGGUCUCGUCGCUCUACGACUCGAUCCAAAAGCUGCGCUUUUCGCACCAGCCACUCAAGACGCAGCACGAGUGCCAUUGGGAAGUCCCAAAAGCAGCCUCGUACUAUAAGAGCUGCGCGCUCUGCUACGCGACGAGCCGCUUCAAGAAGCUCGAGUGCUGCCAGUCGUGCACGCAAGCUGUGUGCAACAAGUGCAGCCGCGUGUGGCAGCUCCAGAAAGUGGCGGUUCACGGCGAAGGCAAGGCGCGCAUCUGCUCGGCGUGCGCGACCUCGUAUCGCUCGUACGCCCUGAGUCGGCACUACACGAUCGCAGGCUCGCCGUACGACUCGACCGCCUCGUCGUCGAUGGGCUGGACUAAAAACACACCGCAGGCCGGGUCGUUUGCGGGCGCCGGCUGGAGUCGCCCGACCGCUGCGUCGACGCCGUCAUCGUCUUCGUUUGUCGGGAAUUGGCCAAAGCCGACGACGCCCAUGUCGACGACGUCGUCGUCGUCCUUUGUCGGAAAAGAGCCAAAGCGCAUGGCGUCCGACUCGUUCCUAAGGGCAGAAACAUCGUUCGUGGGCCUCCCAAAGAUCCCGUCGGCGCACGCAACGUCCUCGCUCGUCGACAAGCCCAAGCCCAAGCGCAUGGCGUCCGACUCGUUUCUCAAGGCAGAAACGUCGUCGUUUGGCGGCGGCCAUUGGGAGCCCGACGUCGUGAUGACGCGCCCGGCGAGCAACUCGCGGAGCUACUCGGUGAGCAAGGGCACGCCGCGCCACACGGACCUCACCGACCUCUCGUAUGUGACCAACGUCAUGGAGCGCUCGGAAGGACUGAACCGCACGCUGCUUGGCGACGUGCCCCUCGUCCAGCUCAUCGACGACGACGACAUUCUGGUAUUAAAGGACCCGCCGCCCAUUCGACUCACGCCCGCCAUUGUACAAUAAUACUCCCUUUCCUACUACGUUUAAUGGUUUGGCGUCGAGUCUGACUGUCGUUGCAACCGUUCUGGGC